UAACUAACGAAUUUGCUAAACAAUUUCAGUCUUUGCAGUCGGUCCUAUUAAUGGUGUAAAAAUGUUUAUAAAAUAUUCUGUAAUGCAGCUGGCAUUUUUGACUUUAAUGCUGUGGCUGUCUAUAGCUGGUGUAUCAUCAUACAAGCGCAAUUAUGAAGCUAAAUAUACUAAAGCAAAUGUACCUCUAUGGAAGCAAAGGGCUUGUGAGAAGGCCCAAAAAUAUAAGGCCAAUUCUCAUUAUGUUUGUGAUGAUAAGGGUGACGUUAAAUGUUUACCAGGUUGGCAGGGAGAUUUGUGUCAAGUACCCAUGUGUCGUAAAGGUUGUGAUCCCAUGAAUGGCUAUUGUCAACGUCCUGGUGAAUGUCGUUGUCGCAUUGGUUACACUGGAGAAUUGUGUGACAAAUGCAUCUUUGCCGGAUGUCAACAUGGUGACUGCACAAAACCAUUUGAAUGCAUAUGCCGCCCUGGUUGGGAUGGACUUUUUUGUACGGAACCCACAUGUCAUGGUUGCCACAAUACACGUGGCUACUGUGAGGCUCCUGGUGAGUGUCGCUGUCGUAUUGGCUGUGGUCGUAAUUGCAGUGAUUGUUCUGUUUUACCGGGAUGUCAGCAUGGCACUUGCAGUAAGCCCUUGGAAUGUCAAUGUUUACCUGGACACGGUUUGUUGUGUCAGACACCGAUUUGUAAUGCAGAUUGUCACAAACAGCAUGGCUACUGCAAGAAACCAGGAGAGUGCAGGUGUAAAGUAGGUUGGACUGGUGCCAAUUGUGACAAAUGUUUCCCAUAUCCCGGAUGUGUAAAUGGUGACUGUGAAAAACCCUGGGAAUGUAACUGCAAACCGGGUUGGGGUGGAAUUUUAUGUGAUGAAAAAUUAACCUAUUGCAAGGAUCAUCCUAAUAUCUGUGAAAAUGGCGGCAAAUGUCUCUCCCUGACCAAGGAGGACGGCAGUUAUCGUUGCCACUGUAAACAGGGUUACUUGGGUAAAAAUUGUGAAAUAAUAGAUGAGUUCUUGUUGACCUCAACCGCGGCUCCACGCAUCACACCACCACCUUUAAUAAGUUCAGAAGAGGAGAAUGAUGAUGAGGAUACAAUUGAGGAUUUAAAUGAUGAAAACGAGGUUCUUAAUAUCACAAAAGAAAAGGAGAAGAACAGAGAAGUAAUAAAUUUAAAGAAAAAUGAGACAGUGGAAGGAAGUAAAGGUACAGCUGAAGUGAAUGUGACCGACAUAAAGAAAGUGGAAAUUUUCAGUCUAAAUAUGACACUCAGUGAUAGUGGAAAUGGAAAUGAAACAAAAGUGAAUAUAACUAAGAAUAUGGGGAAAAUGGAGAUAAAACCGGAAAUUAAAAAGGACGUUACUUUAGACAAGCAUGUUAAUAAUAAAACUGAGGAGUUUGUGUCUUUACCCACAUUUAAUGAUAUUUCUGCAGCCGAUAUUAUAGGAACAGCAACAGCUUCUACACAACCACCACGAAUGGAAGAAUCCAAAAAGAGUCCAAAUAAAACCAGAACUGAAGAUUCCAAUAUAAUGAUCAUUAAUAAAAUUAAAACAACUGCUGCGACAAAACCUAAUACCAUCACGAAUUUAUCUAAAAUUAAACUUCCUACCACAAGUCCUACCACGCUCUCACCUUUAAGUAAAUUAGAUGAUGAUCAACAUCUCCAUACAAUGCCCCUAAAAUCCCAGGAAACAAAACAAAAACCCGUGGAAGAAGAUGAUGAUGAUGAAGAGUGUAAUGAUGAUAAUGAUGAUGAGUGUGAAUAUGAAGACGAAGAAGAUGAGGAGGAUGAUGAUGAUGAUUGAAAUUUCUAUAGUCAAUAGUCAUUUAUAUGUAUUUAGCAAUUUAGUCAUUUUAUUUUAUUAAUUAUAAAUAAUUUAUUUAAAAUAUUUAUUAAAAUAAACCAUAAGACUUAAUCCUUAAUAUAUAUUAACACUUUUGUAUUAUUUGUACAAAAAAAUCUAAAGCAAUUUAUUUAACAAAAAACCUUUAAAACACCUCAGCUGUUUAUUUAAAUUAUCUAUUACCUCUUUCAAACUUAAGAUUAAUUGCUGCCCUCUCUUCGGAAAUAAGGGAAAUAUAAUUUAAAUAAAAUUUCCACAAAUUCCCUUAACACUUUACUGCAAUUUCCAGCAAAAUUAAUCAAGGCAGCAGUUUGGCCCCUAUUUACUCUAUAACCCCUCACAUUAAAACAACUCAUACCUGAUCCCCUCCGAAAAGCUUUUAAGAUUUCCUACACAAUUAAUAUUUACAUACACUACAUUUUUUUUUGUUU